GAGAGAGAGAGAGAGAGAGAGAGAGAGAGAGAGAGAGAGAGAGAGAGAGAGAGAGAGAGAGAGAGAGAGAGAGAGAGAGAGAGAGAGAGAGAGAUCCUGCCUUUGCGGAAGCCAGAGCAGCCGAGGCGGCGCUAAAUUAAAUUAGCAUACUAACUAGUUAGCUGUGCGCCGCUGUGGAUGGACGGGUGACCGGAGCUGCCUGACGAAAUCUACCGUUUCUAAAGUCGAGACACCUCCGAGUCCGGGCUCAUUUUGUUGGGAUCUUCUUGCCGUCUGCCUGCCGAGGAGAUGGGGGACAAGGCGGGCACCAGAGUUUUCAAGAAGUCGAGCCCCAACUGUAAGGUGACAGUUUACCUGGGAAAGAGGGACUUUGUGGAUCACCUGGACCACGUGGAUCCAGUAGACGGCGUGAUCCUGGUCGACCCCGAGUACCUGAAGGACAGGAAAGUCUUCGUCACACUCACCUGUGCGUUUCGAUAUGGACGUGAGGACCUGGACGUGCUGGGUCUGUCCUUCAGGAAGGAUCUCUACAUCUCCACCUUCCAGGCCUUCCCGCCGGUGCCUGAGGAGCGGAAACCAAACAGCCGGCUGCAGGAGAGGCUGCUGAAGAAGCUCGGCCAGCACGCACACCCCUUCUACUUCACUAUUCCUCAGAACCUCCCCUGUUCUGUCACUUUACAGCCCGGCCCAGAGGACACCGGGAAGGCCUGCGGGGUCGACUUCGAGAUCAGAGCUUUCUGCGCCAAGUCGAUAGAAGAGAAGAUUCACAAGAGGAACUCGGUGCGUCUGGUGAUCAGGAAGGUUCAGUACGCUCCGGAGAAACCGGGACCUCAGCCCAUGGUGGAGACGACCCGCAGCUUCCUGAUGUCGGACAGAUCCCUGCACCUGGAGGCCUCUCUGGACAAGGAGCUGUAUUACCAUGGAGAGCCCAUCAGCGUCAACGUUCACGUCACCAACAACUCCACCAAGACCGUCAAGAGAGUCAAGAUUUCCGUGCGUCAGUAUGCAGACAUCUGUCUGUUCAGUACUGCCCAGUAUAAAUGUCCAGUGGCCCAGCUCGAAGCAGACGACCAGGUGUCGUCCAGCUCCACCUUCUGUAAGGUGUACACUCUGACCCCGACGCUCGACAAGAACAGGGAGAAGAGAGGACUCGCUCUGGACGGCAAACUCAAACAUGAAGACACCAACCUGGCCUCCUCCACCAUUGUGAAGGACGUCACCAACAAAGAGGUUCUGGGAAUCCUGGUCUCCUACAGAGUCAAAGUGAAGCUGGUGGUCUCACGUGGAGGAGACGUGUCGGUGGAGCUGCCCUUCAUCUUAAUGCAUCCUAAACCUGUGGAGCCGCCGGUGUCCCGCCCACAGUCAGCUGUUCCAGAGAUGGACCCCCCCAUCGACACCAACUUGAUAGAGUUCGACACAAACAUCUCCCAGGACGACGACUUCGUCUUCGAGGACUUCGCCCGCCUGCGACUCAAAGGCGUCGUGGACGACAAGGACGAGGACUGCUAGGAGCUCGCCAACCCUUCAUAUGCUUGCUUCAAAACCACACACACACACACACACACACACACACACACACACAGUCUUCACAUUACAUUCCCCGGUGGAGGGGAUGGAUUCGGGCAUGUUUGGACGGGGGGGGGGCUCGCAGGGGGCACAGUGGUGUUCCUCCUCUCUUGCUUCAGCCAUUCGUCACGCCGCCGCCAUUUUUCGAUCACCGUCUUGUACAAACAGGAUAUAUAUUUGAAACAUAGAAAAAAAUAAUCUUCUACGAGCAGUCGAGGUCUGUGUUCAGUGGUGAUCGCCGUUUUUUCUUCAAGUAAAUACUGUAGAUGCUUUUUACAUCAUGGCUGCAAAGGGAGGAAACUCACACACACACACACACACACACACACACACACCUACACACACACUCACACACACACCUACACACACACUCACACACACCUACACACACACUCACAGCAGUCUUACACAAGCGACUGAAGUUUGAUUUCACCAGCAUCCACUCUCCCGCUCUCGUCUCGCUCUGAACUUGAACCCCUCCCCCGUCGUCCAUUUUGUAAAAGUUUGUCUUGUUCUUUUUCUUUUUCUUGCCACUUUAUUUCUUUUUCUUUUGGUUUUUAAGAAUCAUUCCAGCGUCGAUGGAGGCGAGUCUCCAUCUUCCACUGGUGUGGUGCUCGUCUGUGUUUUUCUUUCUGUCGUCAAACUGUGUGAAAAGAUCAAAACCAAAAACUAGAACCUGGAUGUAGAAACUGUACAAAUAUAUAUUUUCCUGUUCGGACCUGCAGGUGAGUUCACCCGGGUCCCGGCACAUCAAACAGCUGGUUCAAUAUAAAUGAUCUGAUUUAAUUGUCACUCAUUUCCUGAAGCAGCUCGUGAUGUCACUUUUAACAAACGUUACUCAAAGAGGAGGAAGAACAGAAAAUAUCCAGAUUUCAACAAUAAAGUCAAAAUAUUUUUAAGGAAAAAAAACAGUCACAAUGAUACAAGAGCGUCAUCGUUUAAAGAAGAACACGUGAAAUAUUCACAUGAGCAUCAUUAAGAGGUUUUGAUCUGGAACUAGACGAUCAGGUUUAUUUGUUCGACCUGCUGCAGGUUCAGGCCGCUGACGAGACGGACGCCGAGGAAGGUCGCACUCAGAUAUUUCUUUAUCCCGUUAUUUCGAGAUAACAAAAUGGUUUUCUUGAGAUACCGGAAUAUAUAUCUCGUUAUCUUGAGAUAACGGGAUAAUUACUCUGUGAUCUCGUCUUAACAAACCCGUUAGCUUGAACUAAUGGAACCGUCUCAUAACAAGAUAAUUAUCUCAGUAACAGCUUCAUCUCCAGAUAAUUAUCUUGUUAUAACGAGAUAACAGAGUUAUUAUCUGGAUAACGGAGCUCUGUUUAUCUCAAGGGGAUAAAAAGAGAUUAGCGAGCUCGGCCUUCCUCGGCGUCGGUAACGCAGCGAUUGUUGUUGACGAACAAACAAAAAUCUAAAUGUUGAAAUUUGAAGUGAAAGAACGAUGAGACAGUUUUACACCAACUUUUUUACAGGAUCAAAUAAAAGUAGAUUUUUCAUAUUUUGUGAAACAGAGCAACAUCAGUCUGUGAAAACAGUCGUGUUACUGGUUUUAUGUUUUUGUGUCGUUUGUUGAGAGAGAGAAAAACACGUGACGUCACCAGACUCGCCUUCACACUUCCGGUCGGCUCACCAGGUGUGACGGAGUCUUUAAAUCAGGUGUGUGUCGUUCUCAGGCUCGUUCAGCUCGUUCACUUCAGCUGGUUUCUGGUCACGUGGAUCUGAAGUGAAGGCGUGUUUAAACUCACAUCAGCACUUCUUCGCUUCCUAAGUGCUUUUAAAUGGACGUUGGAGCUGAGCAGUAAAAUCUGUUUCUACUGUUUUUAAAGAGAAGCUGAAACGGUCUGUGACUCGAUCCUGGUUUAAACCAUCAAACCUUCAUCGUCGGCUCGUUAAAGGGAAAUACUGGGGUUUUCUGUUUGGUUUAUUAUCAUCAUCUCCGUUUAAAAUCCCAACCAAACACGUUCGUGUGAUUUAAUGACGAACUGUUACCUGCUUCGUGCCUUCUCCAUCUGUUGCCAACACAACGACUUGUUUUAAUUGCCAGAAUCUGCAGUUUGUGAUUUGUUUGUUGCUCAGCGGUAAAUAACAGAAAUCUACUGUAAGUAGGAAAAGUAAAAGUUGCACAUUAUUAUUGUUACAGCUGAGUGAUAAUUCAGAGUUAUUGUUCUGUAAUUAAAGCGAUUCACACUUAUAUCAAAAUGACUUUUCGAAUGCAGGAUAAUAAACUGUAUUUAAAAAAACUCCAUCUGAUUUUAAAUAAAUAAAUAAACUUUAUUCUUGUAAACUGUGACCUUUUGUCUGGUAAAAUUACAAUUUUGUUUUCUUAAAUUGCAGCUUAAUUCUAAUAUCGUGAUUUUAUUCUUGAAAUACGACUUUUCCUUACGUAAAACUGGGUUAUUAAUUUUUUUGUAAACAAUUAAAUUACUUUUCCCGCCUUAUACAACUAGACUUUUACCUGCUUUCGUUCCCUUUAAAAUUCUAAAUUUUUCCCCAAACCUCCCAUCUCUCUCUUUCUUUAAAGUUUAAUGCCACGUGACAAAGUUAUUGUAUAUAAAUGGAAAAAUGACCAAAUUCUAUAUCGAAUCGGUGCCAUGAAAACGUUAAGGAGAUGAGAUUUAAAAUGAACCAACUGGCUCCAGUGUUUCCCGCCCAUCGUCUCAUUUCAUCUUCAUGAUGUGAAGGAUUCAGCAGCUCGGGAUUUAUUCUCUUACAUUUCCUCCACGUUCAUUCUUACAAACAGACGCAUGACGUCAGCUGUUGCUUUCCGACGUUCGUGCGUCAUCGUCGUCAAACUUUGUCUCUAACGACUUUUGUGUUUGUUUGUUUUUGUUUUUGUUUUUGUUUUUUUUUCCCCCCAAAAAAACAACAAACUGCACAGACGACAUUUCAGACACACAGGAGCACUGCACUUUCACCGGACAGACAAACCCACAGAACUGCAGACGUUACUUUCUUUUGCUUAUUUCAGGAAACGAAGAAGAAGAAUGUUGAUCUGUUUUUUGUUUUUUUUUUGUUUUUUUUUUUUAAAGCUCGGCCAUUUUUCAAAAACAGUUUAUCGAUGUUUUUGACGAGUUACGAAGCUCAUCAUCGGGUCGUCGACCAGCUUCACGCAAAACCCGCUUUUAUUUUUUAAAAUCUUAAAAACUGCCAAAUUCCCGCCCUCCUCCACUCAGUCAGUCAAUGAAGCUGCGACCCAGAAGGGACAAAGAAGAAGAAGAAGAAGAAGAAACCGACACAGAGCAUGUUUUUGAUUUCUGAUUUAAUUUAAUUUUGGUUUUUUUUUCCAAGCAGUGCUGUGAAUCGUACGAGCUGUGAUUCUGUCCUUAUUUCUUCGUGCAUAUGUGGGGUAACUUCGCUAAGUGUGAAAAUAUUUUGACAAGUGCCACGCCCCGGCCUGUGCGAUGCUUUUACCAUAAUGUCUAUAAAACAGGAGGUGAUUUCUGCUGGUGGGACAAACACCAGAAAAGAUAGAAUUACGAUUAUAAUGCUUCUGAUUAUUAAUAUUAUUAUGGUGACUAUAAUUAUUAUUAUUACUUAUACUGUAUCAUCAUUUGCGACCAUGAUUAUUCUCAUAAUCAUUUAAGAGUCUAUUGUUUUGCCAUGUAUUUUUUAUUUUGAGAUUUCUAUUUUAGUUUUCUUUUUAUUAUUAAAGGUAAAAUGAACUAACA